AUUUGGUUCUGUUUAUAUUUUUAUAAACCGAGAAAAAAGAAAAACUUUUGGAAUUUUCUUUCUGAAUGAAAGCUCACAAAGGGAUCGACAAAAAUACCAAAUUACAAAUGACAGAAUUCACAUCACCGUCACUGGUGGUUUUUCAAAGUCGACGUCUCUUUCAUAUGUGUCAAAGAAAGCAAGCUGAUAAUAUCACCGAUUGGUUUGACCAAAUCAGAGCCCAAAUAACCAAAUGUAUGUACGGUGUGUACAACGAUUUUAUGCUGAUUGAUAAAUUCCUGAGUGGUCUUAACGAUAACGAUUUUGAAAUAAUCUCGCGAAGCAAUUUAUGUUCAGAAAAACAACUCUCCAACUUUGUCAAACAACUUAAUUUUCAAACAAAUGAUGAUGAGGAAGAACCACAAGAUAAAUACGAUGGCCAAUUCGAAAGAAUUGAAAAGGGUCAAACAUUGUAUAAUAAUGGAAGAGAUGAUAAAAUUCCAUUUGAGGUUAAUAUAGAUGCAUCACUGGGCGGAAAUACCAUGAAAAGUGAUGAAUGUUCAUCAUCAGAAGUCAAGUCAAGACUAAGAUACAAGAAGAGAAAGAGCAGUGAGCAACAUCGAUCAUACAUAUGUGAUUUAUGCGAAAAAGAUUGUUUGUGUCGUAGCAAACUUAAAACACACAUGCGAGCACAUCUCCAUAUGGGUAAAACAUUUGAAUGUCAUUUGUGCCGAAUGUACUGUGACCAGAGACUAUUGGGCCUGAAAGUGCAUUUCAAUCGAAUGCAUGUCGGCAGCAGCAAAGAGAAAAUCCAUUGCUCUGAUUGUAACAAAGUAUUUGUAGAACGGGUUGCAUUGGAGCGACACACUCGAAUCCACAAAGGAUUGGCACAAGUGCACAAAUGUCCAGAAUGCGGUAAAGAGUUUGAAUUGCGUUGUCGAAUGAGAGUCCAUUUGGCAAGUCAUUCGAAUGUGACGGAAGAGUUGAUAUGUGAAAUUUGUGGACAAAUCUAUCGAUCUCGUAAAUUACUAAAUAUGCAUCGCAGAACACACAGUGAAAUUCGAUAUAAAUGCCAAGUAUGCGGGUUACUACUUAAAAACAGCAAUACAUAUCGAAUUCAUCAACGGCAACACACAGGUGAACGGCCUUUUCAGUGCACACAUUGUGAGAAGACUUUUGUCACGGCACCAAGUUAUAAGAAACAUUUAAUGGUGCAUAAUAAAAUUAAACCACAUGCAUGUACGGUGUGUUUGGGACGUUUUGCUACAUCGUACCAUUUAAAAAUUCACAUGAACCGUCACACAGGUGAAAAACCAUACCAAUGUAUACAGUGCACAACUCGCUUCAGUCAACCACAAUCAUUAAACACUCACAUGCGGCGAUUUCACCAAAAAAAUGCUUCAUAAUACAAAUAUUGGCCAUCAAAACGCUUGAAAUUGUUAAUUUUCUUAUUAAAAAUGUGUUUAUUUGAAUGAAAAAUAAUGUAGAUGUAUUCAAAUUGUAAAAUCUAUUACUUCACUUUUACGUGGAAAAAAAAAACAUUAAUUCAAACUGUCAUUCAUCACUGACAUUUAGCAUAGUUGUCUAUUUUCAAUAUCAAUGCGUAAAUAAACAUUGAGUUAAGAGUUCUCAGUUAUUUCAUUUCGAAAAAUGAUGAACGCUCACACAAUUCGUCCGAAAGUCGAACGGAAUCCACUUAUACUGAAUGAAAACGAUGUUAUUACUGAGCCGGCUCUCUAUGAAUAUGCGUUUCCCACACCAGAAAUCUGUUUCGAAGUAGUUAAAGUGGAGGACAACGACUAUGUCAUGAGUGAUCCAGAAACAAAAGAAUUGGUUCCACUUGAUUUGCCAAAUAGUCCAAUAAUAACUACACCAGAGCCAGAACCAGUGGCUACACCUGUACGAAGGAGUAAACGAACACCGAAAAGAAAGGUGAUGAAAGAGUAUGAAUUCACGAAGCCAAUAAGGGUACGGCAAAGGGGCAAUGAAUUGGCAAAAAAACGUGUUCCACAAAAAGAAAAGCCAACGAGUCAAAAACGCUUACAUCACGAGAAAAAGGGAUUCGCCGCAAAGCGACCGCUGCCGAAAGAAAAACAAAGCAGCCAAAAUCCUUUAGAGAAAGAGUCUGAAAUAAUCGAAAAGCAAAAGAUAACAUUAAAUCUUCGACCAAAAACUCCGAUUUUUGAACCAAUUAACAUCACAACUGCAUUGAAUCAAAACAAGAAGGACCCACCGAAAAAACCGAAAUUUUCAAAAGAAUUAAACAACGGAUGUAUCGAACCGAAAACACAACCGCGUCGUUCCAGCGGCAUCGUUAUUAAUAAAGAGAAAAAUGCCCAGGAAAAGAGGCCAGCACAUGCAAUCCGAUACGAUAAAUUUGAGCAUUUCCCAUCGAUUGAUAUAAAGAAACGUGUUUCCAUUAGAU